AGCCAAGCGCUCGGGGGCGGGAUCACGUGCCUACAGCCGCCUAGGAGAGGGCGCAGGUCGCCAGUGCCGGCGGAGGGUGGGGUGUGCAGCCGGCCGUGUCCACCCGGAGCGGAGUCCCUGCACCGGCAGGAUGUCCCUCGGUGCCUAUUGUGUCAUCUGUUGCAGAAGAAUAGGAACCUCUGCUUCCCGUUUAAAAAGUCGCACAUCCUGGAGAAACAUCCGGAAUAUAAUAAGAUUUACUGGAUCCUUCAUUUUAGGGGGUUCUUUAUUUCUUACUUAUGAAGUUCUGGCCCUGAAGAAGUCUUUAACAUUAGACACUCAGGUGGUAGAAAGAGAAAAAAUGAAGUCUUAUAUCUAUGUGCACACAGUUCCUGCAGACAAGUUAGAAACUCAUGGGCUUGUUUGGCAGGCAAGAAAAGAACUUCACAAAGCAGUAAGAAAAAUGUUGGCAGCAUCAGCCAGGGUACUGCGGAACCCGUUUUCUGACUCUUUCAGCACGGCUGACAUAGAAGAUCAUGACUGCGCAGUGUGGCUGCUCCUGAGGAAGAGCCGGGAGGAUGACAGAGCCGCACGACUGGAGGCUGUGCAGGAAAUGUCACAGGCCCACCACUGGCACGACUAUCAGUACAGGGUGAUUGCUCAAGCCUGUGACCCAAGGACCCUUAUCGGUUUGGCACGAAGCAAAGAAAGUGAUCUUCGUUUUUUUCUCCCACCCCCUCCUUUGCCAUCUUUAAAAGAAGAUUCCUCCACUGAAGAGGAACUCAGGCAUUUGCUGGCUUCUUUACCUCAGACAGAAAUCGAUGAGUGUCUCCAGUAUUUUACUUCCUUGGCUCUUAGUGAAAGCAGCCAGAGCCUGGCUGCGCAGAAGGGAGGACUGUGGUGCUUUGGAGGAAAUGGGCUUCCUUAUGCGGAAAGCUUUGGAGAAGUUCCCUCAGCCACGGUGGAAAUGUUCUGCCUGGAAGCUAUAGUAAAGCAUUCAGAGAUACCCUCACACUGUGACCACAUUGAAGCAGGCGGGGGCCUGCAGCUGCUGCAGAGGCUCUACCAGCUUCACAAAGACUGCCCUAAAGUACAGAGAAACAUCAUGAGGAUCAUUGGAAACAUGGCCUUGAACGAGCAUCUUCACCCAGCCAUAAUCCACUCAGGCUGGGUUUCUUUAAUGGCAGAAGCUUUGAAAUCCUUCCACAUCAUGGAGGCCUCCCAUGCUGCCAGAACCCUGGCCAAUCUAGACCGAGAAACCGUGCAUGAGAAAUACCAGGAUGGGGUGUAUGUGCUCCAUCCCCAGUGUCGGACAAGUCAGCCCAUUAAAGCCGAUGUCCUUUUUAUUCAUGGCCUGAUGGGAGCAGCAUUUAAAACCUGGCGCCAGCAGGACAGUGAACGGGUUCAACUGGAAAAUUCUUUGGUGGAUGAGGACAGGUACACCACAUGCUGGCCCAAGACUUGGCUCGCAAAAGACUGUCCUGCGCUUCGCAUUAUAUCCGUGGAGUAUGACACCAGCCUCAGUGACUGGAGAGCACGGUGCCCCAUGGAGAGAAAGUCCAUUGCAUUCAGAAGCAACGAACUUCUUAGCAAGCUCAGAGCUGCUGGUGUUGGGGAUAGGCCAAUGAUUUGGAUAUCACAUAGCAUGGGAGGUCUUCUUGUCAAAAAGAUGUUGUUGGAAGCCUCUAAGAAGCCAGAACUGAGCGCUGUCAUAAACAAUACCAGAGGAGUGAUUUUUUACAGUGUCCCCCACCACGGAUCACAUUUGGCCGAAUACUCGGUUAAUAUCCGAUAUCUUCUCUUUCCUUCUUUGGAAGUCAAAGAGCUCAGCAAGGAUUCUCCUGCACUUAAGGCGCUACAGGACGACUUUGUGGAGUUUGCAAAAGACAAGAACUUCCAGGUGCUGAAUUUUGUGGAAACACAACCAACGUUUAUCGGCAGCAUGAUUAAGCUACAUAUCGUGCCCGUGGAGUCAGCAGACUUAGGCAUUGGGGAUCUAAUUCCUGUGGAUGUCAACCACCUGAACAUCUGUAAGCCGAAGACAAAGGAUGCGUUUUUGUAUCAGCGCACCCUACAGUUCAUCCGCGAAACCUUAGCCAGAGACCUUGAGAAGUGACAGCGGCUGUCUCCCGUCCUCGAUGUGAAUACAGUACAGGAACCGUGGUACCCUCCUCUUCUUAGGCUCCGUGCGGUUCUCUGCAGUCACGUGGCAGCCUGGUCUGCCAGUGUGCAGACAGCAGAAGGCAGCUUUUCACAGAGAGCUGGGACAGAGCCGCUGUGACCAGAGUGCCUGUCCACCUAGACCAUUCUAGAUCAUCCCAGCUCCCUGACAGGCCACUCAGUGUACCAUGAACCUGCCAUAUGGAGAGAACAAGUUAGAACUUACAGAGGCAGUGUUUGUUGUGUGUGCCAUGGGCUAUAAGUUCUAGUGCCAGUUUUUAACUGUUAAUGUGUCAGCUACAUAUUUGGCAUUCCCUCUGCACGCACACCGGUGUAUGUGUGGUCUUGCACGUGUCUGUUUUUCCUUGUUGCUGAAAACAGUCUUUUUCUUUUUUUUUUUUUCCCUAAAACUUGUUUCUAGGCUGUUUUACCUAGUUCUGCAAGUAAUGUGCUCUGGAUACAGAUAGAGUAAGGAUUAGCAUAUGAAAAGGACUGUGUGAAGCUGUCAGGUACACUAACCGAGCUCUAUCAGGACUCCGGUCCUCCGGCUACAAAAGGGACAGCUUCCCUUUGUGUUCCCUUUAGAGGUACUUAGCAUGGGAAAGUAGGAAGUCAUGCUUAUGACACUUUUGUGUUUGAGUAAUCGCAUUGUUGACAUGAAAUUUCAUUUCUUUCUUUCUUCCUUUUUUUUAAAUUUUUUUUGGUUUGUGGUGCUAGGGUUACACCCAGACAUUGUGCAUGCUAGCCAAGUACUCUGCCAGUAAACCACGUCCUUAGCCCCCAGUUUUCCAUCUCACUGAUGUUUGGUUUAUUCAAAGUUACCAGCGAUCACCACUGUCCAUUUUAGACUAUUUUAUCAUCCUCAAAGAAGCUUACUGAGCAGCAAUUUCCCCUCCUCUGUCCCAGCCCCCUGGUAAACACUAACAUACUUUCCAUCUUCGUGAAUUUGCCUAACUGUGCUUUCACCUUGUUGAUCUUAGCAUAACGAAAAUCUUGCAUUGCUCCUUUCCUGUUUCUGCUCCCUGGCUGCCAUGUGGUGAGCAGUUUGGCUAAUCCUACCAGUCCGCCAUGAGGUGAGCGGUUUGGCUAAUCCUACCAGUCCGCCAUGUGGUGAGCGGUUAGGCUAAUCCUACCAGUCCGCCAUGAGGUGAGCGGUUUGGCUAAUCCUACCAGUCCGCCAUGAGGUGAGCGGUUUGGCUAAUCCUACCAGUCCGCCAUGAGGUGAGCGGUUUGGCUAAUCCUACCAGUCCGCCAUGUGGCCCUGUCUCACUCAGUGGGACUGGUGACCACUGACAGAAACUAAAGUAACUGUUUCUUCCCUGAGCUCUGCUGCCCAGGUGUUUGUCCUAGCAGUGAAGGGGAUACAGUUCUGCUCUAAAACUGAUCUAAAACCAGCUAUCCAGUGUGUCACUAAAUCACUGUUGCUGCUUUUCCUGUUUACAUGACGGAAAGGCCAUUUAUCACAAACACGUAGAUGAAGUUUAUCAUACGCAAGACCAAGGGGGAAAGAAACGCAGGCUGGGAUGUGGUGGCGCACGCCGUUAAUCCCAGCACUUAGGAGGCAGAAGCAGGUGAAUCCUUGUGAGUGUGAGGCCAGCCUGGUCUACAGAGCUAGUUCAGGCCAGCCUGGUCUACAGAGCAAGUUCCAGGACAGCUAGGACUGUUACACAGGGAAACCCUGUCUCGAAAAACCAAAAAAAAAAAAAAAAAAAAAAAAGAAGAAGAAAAAGAAAUGCUACACAUUCCAUUGCUAGGGCAAAGCAAAUCCAGCACUGGCUGAAGAUGCCCUUCUAAGGCAAUAUAACCUGAAUAAGGAAGUGGUUGAAAGAAACAAAUGGGUAAAAGAACAUAAUUAAAAAGCAGCAGCACAUUAAAGACUGCACAAAUGAAUAUCCCACUAGCACAGGGAUGGCUGAAUGUGGACAGAAGCGCAGGCUGCAGAAGGACAAUUAACUGCUACUAACUAGAAGCAAGCUAUUCUCUGCAAGGCGGGCACUGGCAGCACUGGCAUGGCCUGUGUGCCUUUAGUGACUAAUGAAGGCACACAGAAAGAAUGAAAAUACUGUGCUCCAAAUGCAGACAGAGAUCCCUGGAAAACAAACAACCCUGCUACCAGUGUUAGCAACAGUAAUAAGGAAGGGAGGAAUUACAUUCUCAGCUAAAUUGCUCUUGAAUGAAUAUCCGUGUAAUGAACAGAUAUGGUCAGGCUGCAGGAGCACAGUAGUGUUGAUGAGGUCCACCGUUAGCUUCAGCUUGAGUUUACAUAAGUUCUUUAUGUGUGGUACGAUGGCAUGGAACAUAGUCUGGUAUUUUAUCAUACAUGCACAUAGAUUUCUAGAAUAAUGGUAAUUUAUGGGUACAUUUGGGGUAAGCCAACCCACAACUAAAAAUAUGUUGGUGAAAUCAUUAAAUAUAUCCUGGGCUA